AUGCAAUGCGAUGAAACACACCCGGCCUGCAACAGAUGCACGUCCACCGGCCGAACCUGCGACGGCUACAUGCCUCCUCCGCCGGGCUGCAUGUCCUGGGACCGUCUCCUCUCUGCGCCUGUUCCGGCAUCACCCAGCCCUUGCCCCGAGGCAGACGAUCCCGAGCUGCGCGGUCUAGCAUUCUACCAGCAAAUCGUUGCUCCUGCGCUGUGCGGCCCGCUGGACAGCUCGUUCUGGACCAAGCUGGUUGCGCAGAUGGUGCACUCGGAGCCUGCGACGAGGCAUGCCGUCCUGGCAAUAAGUUGGCUGUAUGAGAACUUUGGGGACGGCGUCUCUUCGAUGCCCGAAAGGGGCCAGACGGGAGCAGUCGACGCCGGCGGCCAUGAUUGUGCCAUUCGGCACUACAAUGCCGCCAUCUCGCACUUGAUCAGCCCGCAGACGUCGUGCCCUGCCGACCUGAAUACCGUGCUGCUCGUCUGUAUACUCUUCACGUGUAUCGAGUUCCUGCGCGGCGACACCGAAAGCGCAAUCAGCCAUUCGCAGCAUGGCAUCUCGCUGCUCAACUCGGGCGCCGACAUCAAGCCCGAGCUGGUGAGGGUGUUUCGCCACCUCGGCAUCUUUCCCUACUUCUUUGGCGGCGACAUUUCCACGUUUCCCGUCUUGCACGAUGCCCAGGCCGUCACCAUCGGCCUCGGCACCCUGGACGACGCGCUGGAGUCGCUGGACUGCCUGCUCGCGCGGGCCGUCCGGCUCGUCAGGGCGAGCGACCACCAUCGCUUGGGGAUGGGCGUGCAGGAGCAGCCCCUGGAAGCGGUCCUUGACGAAAAGCGCACGCUGGAGGGAGACCUCGACUCCUGGUGGUCUGCGCUUGACAAGUUGCGACACGGGGGGGACACGUCGGAGCACGCCGGGGCGAUGACGCUUCUCGUUUUAGAAAUGAGAUGGCUGGUCUGCAAGAUCUGGGCGAGUACGUGCCUUGCCCUCGACGAGACCAUCUACGACGACCACAUGGACAAGUUUACGCGCAUCGUGGACGUGGCGACUCGGGCGCGGGCACUUGUCGGCGCCUCGACGCGCAACAACAAGUUCAUGUUCGUCAUGGGGUUCUGCCCGCUGCUGUACUUUGUCGUGACCAAGUGCCGGUUCUUGGGGCUGCGGCUCAGGGCCCUGUCGCUGCUCAGGAAGCUGUCUUAUACGCGGGAGACGCUGUGGGACGCGUCGACCUUGUAUGCCACUAGCAAGAGAAUCGUCGAGAUUGAGCAUGGCAUUGGCGAGUUGACGCCCGAGGAUGUCGACGGCGGCGGCAUGGGACUGGAUCAAGCUGUGCCGCCGGAUGAGGCGCGCGUGAGGGAUUCCGCCAUGGAGGAUGGCGAUGGCGAAGGGGACGGUGCAAAAAGGAGGGUUUGUUUCUUGGUCCUUGGUCGCGAGGGCAUGGAGAGGAUUGAAGAAAUUCCCCAGGAGCUAGUCGUCUUGCUUGAUCUACAUGGUUGGAAAAUGGAAGAGUAUCACGGUGAAAGGCAAAAGGUUGAUUUGACCCCAUCAGUAUAUUGUUACAUCUUUUCCUAUCGGGCAAAUCUGCUCUCCGCCACGGACUGGUUGCAUUACGAGAAUGCAAUUAGCUUUGUCAAUCUUGCAAGUUGCAACCGUAACCGACGUGCUAAGGGUCCAUCCGGCAAAUUAUGGUUGGCCGGCUCGGACUCGGACAUGUUCCUGCGGGUUGGCCGCGUGGUGGCGCGGGAAUCAGGAGAGAAGUGCGAGAGCCCGAGUUCACCAACACCGGCACCAAAUUCCAGCUCAUUCACGAAAACAGAGUACAUGACCAUUGACGGCGUCAAAAAUUCGGCCCUGACAAUUCCAGGCAAGACUAUUCCCAUUGCCGCUGCUCCGACGUGUGUGCAGACAGCUAUCCCCGACGCGAAUGGACAUAUUGCCCCUGGUGAAUGUGCUGCCAUAUGGAACUAUUACCCUAGCUUUUGGGCUGCACUCGCUGUGGCCUGCCUGUUCGGGUUCCUAAUAGUGGUGCAUAUUCUGCAGGCUGCCAUGUUUAAAAAAGUUUACGUGGUGCUGGGUCAUUAUCAUGGCCACUACCUGGGAGAUGGCGACCAUGAUAUUCCGUAUGUUAAGCUCGAGGAACCAGCAGAGUAG